AAAAACCACCCACAACUGAAUUCCAAAUCCACCAAAAUUAAAUACCACUUUAUGUUGUUUUACUAUAUAGAUUAAAGUUGUUAUAUAUACUUUCUUCCACAUGAUCAUGUUAAAUCUAUAUAUAGUAAAGCUUCCUCCACAAUGCAAUCCUUCCAUUCUUUUGCACCCCAAGAAUAUUUUGCCAACAAAUUCCCGUACAACUUAAGUCUUAAGACUCAAGAUCCACAAAGAAGAGUAAAUCAAAAAACUAAGAUGAUCCAAGAACUGUUUGGAGGUGCAGGCCUUAAUAACAUAGCAGGAGGAGGAGAGAGGAAAUCGCUCUCCCUUCAUGGUGGUACUACUCCUUCACCUUCUCUUUCUUCUUCACCAUCCCCUUCUUGCUCAACAACUACCACCGCCACCACAACAACCACGACAGGUUUAUCAAAUACGGAGAACUUGAGAUGCCCAAGAUGCGAUUCUUCCAACACCAAGUUCUGCUACUACAACAACUACAACCUCACUCAACCCCGCCACUUCUGCAAGACCUGCCGCCGCUACUGGACAAAAGGAGGGGCCCUCCGGAACGUUCCAAUUGGCGGCGGGUGUAGGAAAAACAAGAGUGUCACCGUGUCAACGGCUUCCAUAGGCAAGACCGCCGCAGGGAAGUUGAAAACGGUCGUGUCAGAGAUUGGCCGGUCAGGAUUAGGUGGGGGGUUCGAGCAGGAGGUCCAAGCAAGCCCAAUACAGUGGGGUUCGCCCCAGAAUUCUCAUAUACUAGCCCUAUUAAGAUCCAGUCAUCAAAACCCUAACCCUAAUCAACUUUGUAAUUCUGUAAAUGUGAAGGAAGAGGGAGGCAUGAAUAAUAUGAUUGGGUCCCACAUGAUGACUACGGAGCCAGCUGCAAUGAGUACUGCUCGAACCCUGGGGUUGGAUCCAGUAUGCGAGGCUCCUUCACUUGGUCUGUGCAGCUCUUUCUGGAGAAACAAUAACAACCAAAAUCAGCCACCUCCAAGCCAUCACCAACAAAACGGUUUCAUUGUUGGUCAUGAAGUUCAAAGCAGCAAUAUUGGAAUACAAGAAUUGUUUCAGAGGCUAAGAUCAACAACAUCACAAUCAGGUAGUUAUUAUUCCGACCAUCUAAAUAAUGUGGUGAUGUCUUCAUCCUCCUCAUCAUUGUCUUCAUCUUCCACCUCAUCGAUUUUGGAUUCGGCUCCGGUGGUUGGCGGUGGCGAAAUGGGUUACUGGAACCCGGCGUUUACCGCGUGGUCGUCAGAUCUUCCAACAACCAAUGGUGCAUAUCAUUAAGUCUUUUUAUCUAAGGAGAUUUCUUCUUUGUCUUAGCUUAGCUGGGUUUUAUUUUUCUUUAAUUUGGUUUUUAUUUUUGAUUAUGUUUGUGUGGGUUGUGAUAUUUACUACGGCUUUAUCAUCAGUAGCUAAUAGCUAAUCCUUCUCUUUCUUCUCUGUCUGUAUGCGUGUUUUAAGGUGUAAAGGAUAUGAGGGUGUAACAAUUAAGGACCAGAAAUUAAAUUAAACGUUUGUUACUUGUUAGUGGUCCUUGAUGUUAUCAUCACAUUAUAAUUGCCAUAAAUUAUAAGGGGCUCUGCUUAAUUGGAUGCCUGA